UCUGCCACCGAACCUCUCCUCCUUCACUACAUGAGCGAGCGAGCUUUUACAACCGUACGACCGUAACCGCACUCUCUCCACCCCACCUAAACCUCGCGAUGGCCGCGAGGCAGCCACACUGGCGAGCAUUCCAGGCCUCUCCGGCCAUGCGCUCCGUUCUUCUAAGUGCGGUCGUCACACUGCUGUUGGCUUCCACGGCAGAGGCUAGGAAACCGAAGGUGGAUGCUGCGGCCGUCGGGGGAGCCGGUGCGGAUAUCGUCGUUGCGAAGGACGGAACUGGGCAAUAUACCACCGUGCAGGAAGCUCUCACAGCCGCGAGGUCGGGCACUCGCAACCGCUUCUUCGUUAUCUUCAUCAAAGCGGGAGUCUACGAAGAACAACCCACGUUGCCCGCGUCCCUGCGAUUCAUCGGGCUGGUGGGCGAGAGGGCGGGCAGCGGCGUGAAGAUAACGUCGUCGGGCGCGGCGGGCGACUCGAGUCUGGACGAGUGCGCGACGUUCCGCCUGCUGGCGUCGGACGUGGUGGUCUCCAACAUCAUCUUCGAAAACGCGCACGGACCGGGCGAGCAGGGCGGCGACGAGGACCAAGCUGUGGCGAUGAAGGUGGCCGGCACGCGAGUUGCCUUCUACGGCUGCACGUUUCUCGGAUACCAGGACACUCUGUAUGCGACCAUCGGCCUGCAGUACUACAAGAACUGCAUCAUCCAGGGCCGCGUGGACUUCGUGUUCGGCAACGCCAAGGCGCUCUUCCACGACUGCAAGUUCCGCCUCGUCUAUUGGGGCGGCGGCUACUUCGCGCAGGCGCGCGACAAGGACCAGGACACGGGCUUCGUCGUCUUAGGAGGCUCCUUAAAGCCCUUCGGGAAAGGGCCUAUUAAGCCGGGGUAUCUAGCGCGCUCCUGGGGGGAUUUCUCCACGGUGGUUUUUGUCAAUACGAUGUUCGCGGCUGGUUCGGUCAGAGCGGAAGGAUGGGGUUUCGUGAGCGGAUAUGAGGAUACGGAUUCGCUCACGUUCGGCGCGUACGGGUGUUACGGACCAGGUUACAACGCGACGGGGUGGGAGUCCUUCGCGAAAGUGAUGACUGCUGCUGAAGCAGCGCCGUUUUCGACGAUCAAUUACGUGAAUCAGGGCGGGUGGAUCGUAGACCCUAACGCGCUGGUUCGAGGCGUGGGAGGGAAGGUCAGCAACGGUAAUGGCAAGGGCGGCAGCAGCAAUAAGCCAGCUGAGUCUCCCAAGCCUGUGCCGAAGCCCGCUCCCAAGCCUGCCCCCAAGCCUGCUUCCCAGCCUGCCCCCAAGCCUGCCACCAUGCCUGCUCCCAAGCCUGCUCCCAAGCCUGCUACCAAGCCCGCUCCCGUGCCUGCCUCAAAGCCUGGUGGUUCUGCCCCGAACAAGGGCACAGGGAACGUUCCCGCUGGCGCUGGCGGAGGGGGGAAGAAACCCACGCCUGCUGCUAGUGGGGGGGUUGGUAAGCCGGGCGGGCAUAAGCGGGGGCAGCAACCUGUGACCUCGGUCCCUCCUGCGCCUGCUCCGAAGAAAAAUGCUGGUGGUAAUGGGGGUGGUGGUGGGGCGCCUGCUGCCGGUGGGGGAGCGAACAGAGUGAGGAGUGGAGGAGGAAGAGCAGGCAAGAACAACAGCAGCAACAAGAACAGCACGAAGAACAACGGUGAUGAUGACGACGAUGAUGACUAGGGUGCAUGGGACGUCAGUGUUACAACGUGGAGUAGCAGUGCAAUGUUACGUUCCCUGAGGUAGUUACCAGCAGCAGCAGCAGCAGCAGCAGCAGCAGCAGCAGCAGCAGCAGCACAUGGUUGUACCAUAUACUAGCAGCGUAGAUGGUUAUCAGCAGCAGCAGCAGUUAAGGGGGAUGUUACUUUCACAACACAAGUUGCUGCUGGCUGUGUUUGGGAGGCCAACCAAGCUGCAACCUUGGAGGUCCAAAAUUUUGCUAUUCAAGAACAGUGGCGCCAUGUGUCAGAAACCCAGUCACUAACCACUGGGUUAAAAGGGCUUGUUGAAUAGCGGGUAAGUGCGCCCAUAGCCCCCCAGGCUCUGCACCUGUGGCCCUUCCCCGAGGAUCUCAAGGGCAACCCCAGCGGGUCACUCAACACCAUGCUGUUAGGAAUCUGACAUAGCCCUAGUUUUUUUGUGCCAAUCUCCAAUUUAUGUAUGAAAAACUGUAGGUGACUUGAGCGAGUAGGCAGUAAUUAGGAUAUGGGGGGAAACAAGUGGGCUUCUGCUCCAAAUUGUUGGGAAUAUGUUGAGAUUGGAAGUGGCCAAGGAAGUUUUGAGACAUAC